AUGGCUACUAUGGCCCCGACACAGUCUCAGCCUCAAACGAAGAGGGAAGGCAAUAUUGCCGAUUCUUUCGCUUCAUUAUCCGGCGGUAACCAACCGCCACUGCCAGAGCGCUUUCUGGACCUCAAAAGGUCCCUAGUCGCUGGCCACGAGGAUCGUGUUAUCGAAAGUUGGAAUAGGCUUCUUGCUCAACUUAAACAGGAAAACGCCAUCCUUGCAAAAGACAAAUCAAAGGUGAUUCCUAUUCUGGAAUUCUCAACCCUUGAUGAAGAUCUCAUAAGAUUGCGAUCGGAUAUCAAGAAGAGGGGUGUUGCACUGAUCAGAGGUGUGAUACCUGAGAGCGAAGCUCGAUCAUACAAGAAUGAAAUCGAAGAAUACGUCAGACAGAAUCCUUCAACAAAAGCAUUCCCACAGGAUGACCCCCAAGUGUAUGAGCUGUACUGGUCAAAGCCUCAAUUAAAAGCAAGGGCGCAUCCAAACUUGUUGGAGGUGCAGUCGAAGCUAAUGAACUUUUGGUACUCUUCGAAUCCCGAGAGCUCCAUUGCACUAUCACAGACCCUGACGUAUGCCGACCGCCUGCGUAUACGGCAGCCUGGUGAUGCCAAAUUCGCACUAGGCCCCCAUGUCGACGGCGGUAGUGUUGAGCGAUGGGAAAAACACGGUUACGGGCUCGGUGGCGUUUACGACAAGGUGUUCGAAGGAUCAUGGGAAGAUUACGACCCCUGGGAUGCUAGCGGAAGAGUAUCAGCCGUCAUGGACAAUUAUAAUGGGCUGGGAGCAUGUUCAAUGUUCCGCAUGUUCCAGGGAUGGAUGAGCAUGAGCAACUCUAGAGCUUUCGAAGGCACCCUCCUAGUAAACCCACUGCUCCAACUCUCAACAGCGUAUCUUCUGCUACGGCCUUUCUUCCACCCCCUGAAGCAGUCAAAAGAUGUGUCGAAAGAAGAGUACCUGGCAGCAGACAACUGGGCGUUCUCUGGUUCCGGAAUGACGAGCGAGCUACAAGGUGCUACUCCAGGUCAUGGACAAGAACUGAAUUCAGAGCUCCACCCACAUCUCGAAUUGGACACGAGUAUGGUGCAUAUGCCUGAAGUCAAGGCGGGAGAUUUCGUCGCGUGGCACUGUGAUACUAUACAUGCCGUCGACAGUGUACACCAGGGUCAAUCGGACUCAAGCGUCCUCUACAUUCCCAUUUGCCCGGUUACCGAGCAGAACGCCCACUAUCUUGUUCGCCAGAGAAAGGCUUUCCUUGACGGGACUCCUGGCCCAGACUUCCCUGGUGGGGAAGGUGAAUCGCGACAUAUCAAUCGGCCGACGGAAUCAUAUCUCAAAUCGUACGCCAACCCUGAGGGUCUGCGGGCCUUUGGGUUUGAAAAACUUGUUGUAUCUAGUUCAGAUAACCCUGGGGCUCGGAUGGUUACGAAGAAAGUAAACGAGAUUUUGGGAUUCUAG